AUGGGGGAAAUGCAGUCGAUGGCCGGCAACAUUUUCUCGGCCUACGCAUCCAUGGCGGCGUCGAUGAUGCUCUUCCGCUCCAUCGCGCGCGACAUCAUCCCCGAACCGCUAAAGUCGUUUCUCUACUCGGCACUCAGCCGGUUGUUCGGCGCCAUGUCCUCCGCCAGGAUGACGAUGGUUGUGGACGAGCAGAGCGGGUUCAGCCGCAACCAGAUCUACGACGCCGCCGAGGUGUAUCUCCGCACCAAAAUCAACCCGGACAGCGACCGCCUCAAGGUCAACAAGACCCGCAAGCAGAAGAGCAUCGUCGUCAGCAUGGAGAAGGACCAGCAGGUAAUCGACCAUCACAACGGCACCCGCCUCACCUGGCAGUACGUCAUCGUCGACCCCGAAAAGGACAAUAACAAUAACAAUAACAGUAAUAUGCGCCGAUUCCCCGGCGCCGGCGAGCGCCGCUACUUCGAGCUGACCUUCAACAAGGCCGACAGAGACCUCGUCGUCUCCGACUACCUGCCUUUCGUCCUUGCCAAGGCAAAGGAGAUUAAAGAGAAGGAGAGGGCGGUGAAGCUGUUCACCAGGGACUGUCCCUUCGACGACAACGACGAUGACGACGGCGGCAAUGGCGGCUGUGGCUACUGGGGAUGCAUCAAUCUCGACCAUCCCGUCACGUUCGAGAAGCUGGCGAUGGACCCGACUCUGAAGCAGGGCAUCAUCCAGGAUUUGGAAAGGUUCCUGAGGAGGAAAGAUUAUUACAAGAAAGUGGGCAAGGCCUGGAAGAGAGGGUACCUUCUGUACGGGCCUCCGGGAACGGGGAAGUCGAGCUUGGUUGCGGCCAUGGCCAACUACCUGCGCUUCGAUGUCUACGAUUUGGAGCUGAGCAGUGUGUAUGACAAUUCCGAGCUCAGGAGAAUGCUUCUCUGCACCAACAACCGGUCCAUCAUCGUUAUCGAAGACGUCGACUGCAGUGCCCAAAUGCACGACAGGGACAAAGAUAAGGACAGCAAUUCCACCUCUGACGAUGAUGACAUCCCAAACACCAAGCUGACACUGUCAGGGGUGCUGAAUUUCAUCGACGGGCUGUGGUCAAGCUGCGGCGAUGAGCGAAUAAUCAUCUUCACAACGAACCACAAAGAGAAGCUCGAUCCGGCGCUUCUACGGCCAGGGCGAAUGGACAUGCACAUUCACAUGGGGUAUUGCACUCCGGCGGGAUUUGAUAUCCUGGCCUUCAACUAUCUAGGAAUCAGCGACCAUCCGGAGUUCUUCCCCAAGAUCAAAAAGCUGAUCGGCGAGGUUGAGAUCACACCUGCGGAGGUGGCAGAGUACUUGAUGAGAAACGACGACUCCAUCCUCGCUCUGCAGGGCGUCGUGGACUUGUUGCUGCAGAAGAAGAGCGAGCAGAAUAAUCAGCAGAUGCUGCAACAACACCAGAAGGAGGAGGAGGAGGAGAAGGAGAAGGAUCAUACAGUUAGCAGCAAUAUGGUGAUGAUGAAUGCUACUGCAAAUAUCAAUACCAACAAUGAUGGAGAUGGAAAUGUUAAGAGGAGGAAAUAUAAAUAUAGUGGCAAGUUUGACAAGAUUAUUGCACGUUUGAAGAAAUUGAGAGUCCAAACAAAACUAGAUUGUAAUUAAGUGUUGCUAUCUAUAGUAAUACAUAUGAAUUGUGAAUAUUGAGGGGUGUCAGCUAAGGUCAAGUCCUUGCAAAAUUCAGACUGGUUUUAUGUUCUGGGGACACAAACAUAAAUAAAGGAGAAUUUUCUCUCAUUCAACUUUGUCAUGCUGUGAAGGUGAAGGGGUAUUCGUCUAGUCUAGUCUGGCCGCCCCUCGUUCCGAUCUCACUAGAA